CGGACAUGGAAGCGGACGAGGAUGAGUACACGGACAUGGAAGAGUCUAUGAUCCGCUACCUAGACGGGGACGACGACCUUUACAUCCACCCGGACUCCGUCUAUCCGGACGUGUUGUUCGGGGGAGACGUCGACGCGGGGAUACGCAGCUUCCAGCAGCACGUCGGCCUCGACGACGGCAACGCUAACGAGUCCGGAGGUAUCUUCAUGCCGGCGCAACCAGGGGGCGUGAGCGCGGCGCAUCCGCUGCUCGUCCACCACGCCGACACGCACGCGUCCUCGCACGGCCACCAGGGGGCGACGCGUCUGCACCGGACGGGCGGUCGUCGGCAGGCGUACCGCAUCGUCAGCCCCACCGUUCACGUGCACUACGCGCGACACCCGAACCCGCCCGCCAUCCUGCAGAGGUUCUUGGGUCCGAGCACGGCGCACGACAUCCUGCAGCUGACGUCGGUGACGACGCCAGGUGGCGCCACCACGCGGCUGCUCGUGCCGAGCGACGACGUGCACAUCCUGACGCACCACGACGACGCGGCGGCAGCACUGUACGACGGCGACGGAGAGCUGUUCACAGGGGGCGCCGCGCUCGGCACGGUGGCGUCUGCCCUCGCUCGCUGGACGGAGGAGUGCCGCGUGCUGGACGGGGAAAGCAUGCACGACUGUGUUACCGGUACGUAG